GGUAUAGAAUAUAAAACCGACGCCUUUUAUAAGUCAACACAAGAAGCCAAGACAACAAAACGAAUAAGAAAAUAUUUAAAUCGUUUCCUCAAGGUUUUACCGUCAUCUUAGAUAGAAGAAAAGAUGAGGGAGUAUAAAUUGGUCGUCCUUGGAAGUGGUGGGGUCGGAAAAAGUGCCUUGACUGUUCAAUUUGUCCAAGGAAUUUUUGUUGAAAAAUACGACCCAACGAUCGAAGACUCUUAUAGAAAGCAAGUGGAAGUGGAUGGCCAGCAAUGUAUGUUAGAAAUAUUGGACACCGCUGGAACGGAACAAUUUACAGCAAUGAGAGAUUUGUACAUGAAAAAUGGUCAGGGUUUUGUAUUGGUGUAUUCAAUAACGUCACAGUCUUCUUUUAAUGAUUUGGGAGAUCUUCGUGAUCAGAUUAUUAGAGUAAAAGAUACAAGUGAUGUCCCAAUGGUUCUAGUUGGUAAUAAAUGUGAUUUAGAAGAUGAAAGGAUUGUUGGGAAAGAUCAAGGACAAGCUUUAGCAAAACAGUUUGGAAAUUGCACAUUCCUUGAGACCUCAGCAAAGACAAAAAUAAAUGUGACAGAAAUUUUCUUCGACCUUGUACGACAGAUCAACAGAAAAACCCCAGAAGUAAAGAAACCCAGUAGAAACUUCUUGAAAAGAUGUGUAAUUUUGUAAAGUAAUAACAUGGCUCAUGGGAUAUAGUGUGAGGAAAACAGUAAAAGCAUUUAACAUAUUUAAAUAUUUUGCAUAUAAAUUUCAUCACCAGGUGAAGCAGACUAAAUGUGUGACAAUAUCUGUAACAUGAACAUACAUACAUAAAGUAUACUAGUUAUGUAAACAAGGAAUUACCCUUUUCAUGAUUUCUUAUAAAUAUUGUAAGUUUAAUAUUGAUAGGUGGGGAGCUUUUAGUGUUUGUGAAAUCAGACGACAAUGAUAAUUGAAAUUGGGUACAUUCUGUUCUUAUGAACUACCACUGUACUACAUGCAUAAAAAUCCAAAGAUGCUGUAGCUUACUAUGGAGAGGUCCCUAGGACAGCACCCAGUCAUAAGAGAUAAGUUGAAGAUGCCAAAAUUUGUAGAAGAGAUCAAUGUGCAAGCUUCUCUAUAAAGCCACUAAGCAUUUUUACUCUUGUAAUUUUGAAAGCGAAUGUACCAAACCCUACAGUCUUUCAUGCGAUGGACUUAAGAUCUUUAAGCAUGUUGUGUAUUUCCGUAGUCGCAUAGUAGUAAUAUUUUUAAGAUAUUAAAAAAAUAUAAAUACUCA